UUUGAGGGUACUUCGCUGCUCUAUAUCACUUGCAUUUGAUAGCGAGGUAUAGCUAAAAAGACAAUCUGCAUUCAAUAUUCUAGAAGGCGACUUGUGGCUUGGGAAACGGUUAGGAUAGCUCUACCGUGCUGGACUCAGAUUGCAAGGGAGUAAGCGCGAUGAAAGGCAGAUUGAGGGAAAAUGUAUACACAAAGUAAGUUUUGUCACCAAUCAUCACCUUGAACGCGUACGUGGAAGACUCGAAGUUGUAGAGUUGAAUAAACUGCGAAAAGGAGAAUACAACCCAAACUAGUGUUUAGGGCAAGCUGUGUAAGUAUCAGUAUUGAUCGAUUACUGUAAACCUCACCGCUUGCCUUUCAAGUUGUCCCUGGUUUACAUACCCUGCUCUUACGCCUUCACUCAUGGAUGUAAACUUCCGCAAGAUCGAUAUCGACCAAUACGAUGAGGAUGUGUUGCAGGAGGAGGAACUCUACGAGGCAGAUCCACGGGACCCAGCUCAGGUACUAAAUGACGCGAAGGCGAAGGUUGGCGCAGUCCGAAAUGCUCUCUCGAAGGGCGAUACUGUCGGUGCUAUCAACCUUGUUCUCGAUGGUACACCAGUGGGUCCGAACGUUGAGGAGGCCAAAAACCUGAACCUGCAAACCUUGACGUCUAUACUGAAUAGCACGAAAGCCUCGGAGAUUCCAGCCAUCGUCCGAUCGUUGUCGCAGGACGCUCAGGAUACUCUCAUGAAGUAUCUGUACAAGGGGAUGGCUUUGCCCGGUUGGGGUGAAGUGAGCGGAAGCGUCCUCCUCGGCUGGCACGAGAAGUUAACGGAAGUUGCAGGUACUGGGUGCAUUGUCAGAGCGAUGACAGAUCGACGGACUGUAUGAAGGCUCGAAUCAGGAUAUACAUAAUACAUACAUCGUUGUAAUACCAUUCUGGAGGAAUUUUCUUUGUUACUCACGAAUACACUCAUCAAUCCAAUCCCGCAGGCACAUCCCAUUCACCUACCAUUUGACCUUACCGUUCGACUGGCGUGCAUGACUUCGUCUAAGUCACAUUAUUUCUAUGUUCAAGUACGCACAAUCGGCUCUCUCACCCUCGACCACCGUUUUUGUUUCAGCUGUUGUGGGCUCCUACUAUCUACUGAGAUAUAUUCGACGUUGCAAUCCGGACCUCUUUGCACACGAUGUAUCAAUCUACUAGCUUUCGGCACGCACAUCCAUAUGAUUAGCAAGUCCAUGCGAAAGGAAUGGAUGCUCAUUCAACUCAGCUACACCACAGAAGCUUCUGAAGCGAGAUUCUUCAUGCACUUAAGUUCUUACAAUCUUCAAGCGACUUUGAUGUUGGAAAAUAUCCCAUUACGCAUAAAGAAGGUCUACAAAGAAAAGCAUAGCCUAGUUUACCCAAGCCAUCAUAUAAACACUUGCAAUAUUGGGUGCACAAAACGCGACAUAUUCAAAGCAUAUUCAAAUGUCCUCACCACGACUUCUUGCCUCAGCAAGACUCAACUCUAUAGCAAACCUCAGCUCCUCCGCUUCUCUAUCUUCUAAUUCGGUUCUUGCACUCGCGCUUGUCGAGGGACCCAUUGUGAGAUUCCCCAACCUAGAAGACAAACUCGAAGGUUGCAUGAAGGCAUGUUGUUCACCGGCGGGCGAUGAUGCCACUGAGGAAUAAGUCGCGCGGGGAGAAGACGAACCGCCAACGGAUUCAGAACGUCGGAGGGGUGUGCUCCAGGCGCUCUGGCCUGACCCAACGCUCCCUGGAACGGAACGGU